UCUGCUGCGUAGCAUUCCACAACAAAGACUCUUGCUCAACCUGCUUCUCUGCUGACUGUUGUGAUUUCCACAACUGGGUCUUUUAUUGAGAAUAGGAAAACAUUCAUCUCCAAGGCAGGUUACUUUCCUGGAGUCAUGAACUCCAGCUAGUCUUGCUUUAUUUACCUUACAUUUGGUUCCACUAGAAGUGUACUGGUAGUGAUACUGUCCUCUGGAACAUUCUUACUACAUUUGCAUUUUUUCUUUGGUGAAGAAGCUUUUAGCAUAUGUGAUAGUCACUUACUCUAGUCUAAGGAGGAGACCACUGUCCAAAUAGAUUAAUCCUAAAAAAGUGUUAAUUAUAAAUGAUCAAGAUUGUGUCACACAUAACACUCCUCGAAAACUAGAGAAAAAGCCUGUUGGUAAAAAGAAGAUGGGAUUCCCCUCACUUUUGUUGCUAUUAUUCUAUACUGUAUUUGUUUUCUAUAGCUGCAGAGAAAUCAUCACAAGUUUAGUGACUUACACCACCAGAAGUUUUUCAUCUCACUGUUUCUUCUGGUCAGAAAUCUGGGCACAGCAUGGAUAGAUCCUCUGCUCAGGGCCGCAGUCAAACAGUUGGCUAAGGUUGGGAUCCUGGUUGAGCUCACUAGCUGUUGGCAGCAUUUAUUUUCUUGUGGUUGUAGCACUGAGUUUCCUAGUUGCCUUCUAGAUGUUGGCCAGAAACUACUUUCAGCGCCUCAGUGCUGUCUGACGUUCCUUGACAGAAAGCCCCUCCAUUUCAAGUCAGCAACAGUGUACCAAAUCUUCCUCAUGCUUUGAGUCUCUGACUUACCCUUCUGUAAUCAGUUGGACAAAACUUUCCGCUUUUUAUGAGAUGAUGUCAUUCGGCAGCAGUCACUGAGUGUAGUGGACUCUCCUCUCGUUCAUGCACCUCCAUCGGCUUCCUCAGCAACCAUGUCUGAUAAACCUGAUGUGGCCGAGACUGAGAAAUUUGAUAAGUCAAAACUGAAGAAGAUAGAAACACAAGAGAAAAAUCCACUGCCUUCUAAAGAAAUGAAUGAACAGGAGAAGCAAGCAGGCGAAUUGUAAUGAGGCCCACACUGCCAGUAUGCACUGUACAUUCCACAAGCAUUGCCUUCUUAUUCUAUUUCUUUUAGCUAUUUAACUUUGUAAGCUGCGAAGAGGUUGGAUCAGUCUAAAUGACUGUGCUGCCCCUUUUCACAUGAGAACUACUGACGAUGAAGGCUGCACCUGCCUCUCCCAUCUUCCUCCCUGGCUGGCAGGGAAGGGAAAGAACUUGCAUGUUGGUGAAGAAAGAAGCUAGGUGGGGUGACAGUGAAAUAUAGAGUGAAAACCAAGCUAUUCUAAGGUGUUCUGCAGGCUCUAAGGUGCAGUUUAAUUAGAGUGCCAUUUUUUUUGUUAGAAUAAUUUUAAUUAUUCGAAUGCGCAAUUUUUUAAAUGUGCAAAUAAAAAGUUUUAAAACCUGGGGGGAAAAAGAGAUUACAUGAUUAAGUCAAGCCAUUUGGAUUAUCCCUUAUUUUAAGGCCCAGUGAUUUGUGACCUUAAUUACAUCUUCAAAAUCCCAUCAUAGCAGCCCUUCGGUUAAGCUUGAUUGAAUCACCAGGGUCUUGAAACUUUGUGGAGGCCUCUCACGCUUCCACGUACAUUAUGCUAUGCACAGACAUGUAUGUUUACAUAAUAGGUGAUAUUUAGAGAGUAAAGGGAUUGAGAGACUCCCAAGUGUUAUAAAAUUAAAAUAAAGAAAAAACAAACAAGAACUUCCUUCUUUAGUCCUUGGUUUGGUAAGUGUAGGGAAACUUUCAGUAAUAAACUCUUUGGAAAAAAACCUGACUUGGAAGGAGUAUGUCUACUUCUAAGAAUGUUGGGCUAAGUAAAAAGUGCCAUGUAUAACUCUGAUAAUAUUUGAGAUCCAAUGUAGUUGAGACUCCCAUUCAUUUUUUUUUCAGUCUCGAUGGAGUUCUUUUUUUUUUAACUUUUAUUAUGUCUGUCUAUCUAUCUAUCUAUCUAUCUAUCUAUCAUUUAUUUAUUUAAAAAUAGCACAGACAACUGUUGGAGCAAAGUAAGAUUUUCUGUCCCAAAUAGUUAGCAGUCCACACAUAGCUAAUGAUUUAGUUAAUAGUUAAUGAUUUCUACACAUAGCAUUUUCUUUCCCCAAUACACAGCUCUAUGUCAGGGAUACGUUGUAAGUUUUAGCCUUGGUGGAGGACACCUAGGGACUGCCAGCUCAGGGUCUUUGCAAUAUCCUGCUAUAUGCUUGUGUUCUUUUCCCACUUUGAAAUCACCACUUCAUUCUCAUACUUAGGUUUCUUCUUAAACAUCUCUUCCAAGAGAGCUUUCUCUUCCCUUAUUUAUAAUAUUUAAAUUUCUUGCUUUUGUGUUUACUUUUUUGGUCGCCUUUAUUUGAAAUGUACCUACCAAGCUUCUGUCUCUGUAUCUCAGUCUCACUUAAAGGAGAUGCUGUCUGCCCAGUUUGCCGUCAAUGAGGCUGUUAGUCACCCUAUACCCAUACCCUUUCAAAUUACACUUCUGGUCCAUUGUCAAAAUCUGUCAACUACUGGCUUCAGAUUACCUUCAGAAUAAAGCCCAAAUUUCUUGGCAUAUGUCGCUCCCUGCUUACAUUUUCAAGAUCUUGCUACUCUUGCCACUCUUCCCAAUUAUGUUGACUAUUUACAGUUCUUCAAAUACACUUCUUACUUCUUUGUGCUUUCGUUCACACUGUUGUCACUGCAUGUAAUGAUCACUCUCCCACAUGCCUUACUCAUUCCUACUUAUUCUACUUAUCCUCCAAAGUCAAAGUCAGGUGUUAUCUCCUUCCUCCAUCCCCCACUACUAAAUGAGUGAAGUACCUACCCUUCCUUAUGCUUCUGUAAUUCCCAGGACAUGUACUUCUUUUAUAUCACUUUUUAAACUUAAUGAGACUUAUCAUUUUGCUUUUAUGCUUUCCCCAGAGAGAAUAAAAGUUGAGGUUAGAAAUUUUGUGUUAUCAUAGCUUCAUGAAUAGUGCCAUUUUGUGAAUGAAUGUGUGAGUGAAUAGAUGAAUAUCAAAAAAGCACAUAGAGAGUGGCUGUUGAAAUUGGUUUUCAGUGACUCAAGAUGUUAUGAACACUCCCUUAUGCUUCUAUUUUUCAGGUAAAAAAAAUCAUGUAGUCCAGACAUUCCAAGAAAAUACAGUGAAACAAUUGCAUUCCCAAGGCAUAUAGACAUUGAACCAUUCAGAUUUUGUGAAUUUCCAUUGUUUAUCCAAUGAAUAUUUCUUUAUUUUUAACUGUGAAGAUGGAGCAACAUACAUUU